CUUCCGGUUACAUUCCCAAGGAAAAUGGCGGCAUAAACAAUGUUAUUUCCAAGCACCUGUUAACAAGACAAUUGUUUAUAUCGUUUUCACAGCAGUUCAUUUGAAAGUGUGUGUGGAGUUACGUUGGGAAACUCAGAUUUUAGCCAGAGAAUCUCACCAAAAAUGGCAGAAGUUCAUGUGGUUGGACAGAUUGUCGGUGCAAGUGGAUUUCCUGACAAUAGUCUGUUUUGUAAAUGGGGUAUUCAUACAGGUGGUGCAUGGAAAGUGUUGGCUGGUCUUCGUGAAGGACAGACUCAAGUGGACAACCCCCAGAAUCACGAGACAGCUUACUGGAGCCACCCAAUUGAUAUUCAUUUUGCAACAAAAGGCAUUCAAGGUUGGCCUAAAGUUCACUUCCAGGUAUGGCACCAGGAUAGCUUUGGCAGGAACGAGCUGUAUGGCUAUGGUUUCUGUCACAUACCAACCUCCCCUGGCAACCAUGAAAUAGACUGUCCCACAUGGCGACCCUCAGGGUCAUUCCUAGAGGGUGUGUCACAGUGCUUCCUGGGUGGAGGACCACAGUUGAAGAAUCCAGAUCUUGUCUACAGUGGGGCACAGAGAUACAAGUUGCACACUGUUGCCAUGGGAAAGGUUCAUUUACGACUUGGGAUCAUUCUGAGAAACUUUGAUAAGUUUGGAAUUGAAUGUUGAGAUAAUUUCAAGUCACACACUCUCCGUCCAUGUAAAUUUUACUUGUAUAGUUCAAAGUUUUGUAAAUAUAUGUUUGCAAAUAGUUCAUAGGAAAAAUAUUGUCCUGUUCAGAUUUUGCAAGGAAUGUCAAGUAAAAUAAAUAAUGUUAAACAAAAGUUACUAUAUGAUGAUAGUAAUUGUGGUAGCAAACAGAUCCAAUGUAUUUAUCAGAAUGCAGAUAUUAUCAACAUCAAUUUACUGGAUAAUUGACUUAUUGUUUUAUUUUAUUAAUAUAAUCUGGAAACAUACAUGACAAUUUUAAUCAGUUUGAACUAAAUCUUGUACUGAAAUAGGUCUUAUUCUUUCAUACUGUGUUUAUCCUUUGCAAGAGUUGACUAGCAUAUAUCUUAUACACACGUACAUACUGUAUUUGUAAAUAUAUAUUGUAUGUUUGGUUCAUGAUAUAUAUUUUUCAUUAAUCAAAUAUCAUAUUCGUUUAUUACAGUGAAGCCUGUUCAAAAUAUUCAUAAAGAAUCAAAGAGCAAGUUCAGGUUUUCAUUAACAGAAAAUUGCAUCAAUAGCUUGAACUUAAAUGAUUGUUCAUUGGCAUAUAUUUCUCAUUCUUCAAGUUUGUCAUUGUUCAUGUUCAUUUCAUAUACAAUAUUUAUAAUAAAUUAUUUUA